UAGCUUAUUACCAUAGCAACAAAUUGUGCUAAAACACAGUGUCGGCCAUUAUCAAUGGAAAAUAGAUAAAACCUCUUUCGAUCCCACUCUAUGUCCGAUUUGAGGGGCUAGAAUUCAAGAAAUAAUUAUGAAUGCUGGAUUAGAGGUUGAUAUACAAAAUGCUAAAGCAUAUCUGCUGAAGAAUAGUGCUUCUUCUAACAAAAAUUUAUAUGACCAUCUUAGCGAGGUAAUAGGCAAAGUGCUCGAUGAGAGACCGAACAACUGCGUAGAUGUGCUUGAAGAUUUUAGCAAUAAAGUAAAAAUAGGAGAGAAAGAAAAAGUUGAGGAUGAAAGUGCUAAAGCCCAAGACAAGGAAACUGCAGAAAUGCAACAGAAACUGUUUGAGAAAGAAGGUGCUGGUGAGGGGGGUGAGCCUGAGGCAGAGGAAGAUGUUGAGACACCACUUCCAGACCUGAUGAACCUGGCUUUCUACUUUGAACAAGCUGGGAUCGGCCUGAGCAGAGAAGAGAUGUUUAGAAUAUUUCUUUCUCUAAAACAACUAGUUGACUCAAAACCUCUGCAGACUGUUCACUUCUGGGGAAAGCUCUUUGGCAUUGAGAACAAUUAUUACAUAGCUGAGGUUGAGUAUAGAGAAGGAGAAGAAGAAGAAGAGGAGGAGGAAGAAGAGGGUGAAGGAGAAGAAGAAGAAAAAGAGAAAGAGGAAAAUGAAGAAGAUGAAGAAGUUGCUGAGGAGGAUGACACCCCUAAGCCAGACUGGAAACCUCCUCCAGUAAUACCAAAGGAAGAAAACAGAGCAGGGGCAAAUAAGAAAGUCUACUUUGUCACCACAGAACCUGGAAAACCCUGGAUUAAACUUCCACCAGUCACACCUGCACAGAUUGGGAUUUCUAGACAGAUUAGGAAAUUCCUCACUGGUAGACUGGAUGCCCCAAUUGUUUCCUACCCUCCCUUCCCUGGCAAUGAGACCAAUUACCUGCGGGCUCAGAUUGCAAGGAUAUCUGCAGGCAGCCAUAUUAGCCCUGCAGGCUACUACAUGUUUGAGGAGGAGGAAGAAGAGGAGGAAGAGGGAGAGGAAAGGGAUUCUUACAUGCUUAAUGUCGACUUUGAGGGGAUCAACGUCCGGGAGUUGGCUGAUCCAUCCCUCAACAACUGGGUCCAUCACGUCCAACAUAUUCUGCCACAGGGAAGAUGCGUGUGGCACAACCCCAUCGAAAAGACCGAGGAGGAGUUCGAGGAAGAGGAGGAGGAUGAGGAGAGAGAUGAGGUGGAGGAACCGAAGAAGGAGACAGGCCCUACCCUGCUUAUGUCCGUAGCAGAUGACGAGCCCGUGAAUGGGAUGCCGGCAUGGACGCCGUACGUGUCGUCAGAGCUUCUUCCUAAGUACGCCCUCGCCGUCAUGCGCUCUAAUCGGUGGCCUGGGGCUUACGCGUUCGCCAAGGACAAAAAAUUCGAGAACAUUUACAUCGGCUGGGGUCACAAAUACGAUGCCAGCAACUACACCCCACCCCCACCCCCACCGACCAUGGAGGAAUACCCCACCGUACCGGAAGUGACAGAGGUGGACGACCCCACGGUCGAGGAGGAACGGGCACUAAAGAAAGCCCAAGAGGAAGCCAUGGAGGCUGCUGAUGACAUGGAAGACGUGGAUGAUGACGACGAUGACGAUGACUAGGCAUCAACUGCUUUUAUAUAAAUUAUAAUGGAUUUUACAAAGUAUUGAAUCUUUUACUCAGAGUUUCUCUCGAAGUAGGGUAGCGUAGGCGAAAUUAUUUUGUAUAAGAGUUUUUUUUUUAUUGAGAACCCGUCAUGAAAAUUGUUCUUUGGCUAGUACAAGGAAUGUUUAGGUCUCAUACAAUUUGCUUUGUAAAUAUGGAUUGUUUACACAAGAAAACAUACUCGUCUGUGGAAUACUUGUGGUAAUAAAAGCCUCACUUGUUACCUCUA